GCUCCGCGCGCGACUACCCUACCCCGCCCUGUCCUGCCCUGCCCUGUCCUGCCCUGCUGUGAGGCGCUGCUGGCGCGGGAGGGGCGGCGAGAUGAGCAGGGUGCGGGCGGACGAGGAGGAGUACUGGCACAGCUCCAAGUUCCGAGCCUUCACCUUCGACGACGAGGAUGACGAGCUCUCGCAGCUGAAGGAAUCCAAACGGGCAGUGAACAGCCUUCGCGACAUUGUUGAUGAUGAUGAUGAUGACCUCGAGAGGGUCAGCUGGAGUGGAGAACCUGUGGGAAGUAUCUCCUGGUCAAUCAAAGAGACAGCCUCUGGCAGCACUGGCUCCCUGGAUGGCCGAGACUCCAGCCUACAGAAAGGGUCUUCCUCCUAUGCUGCUCUUCCCAAACAAGCUUCUUCCUACUCCCUGAGCAGCCUGUUCAAAGGACGAAGCAAACUCUCAAGUUUCCAGUCCCUUUCAGAUGCCCUCACUGACACAGGAGUUAAAAACUAUGCCCCAGAGCUGCGCAGACCAAAAGCUGAGUACAAGGACUACAGCAGUGACUGGAGCCCCAAAGAUACAGUCAGGCGAAUGCAGAGGGGCAAGGUCUGCUCUCUAGAGAGAUUUCGCUCCCUGCAGGACAAGCUGGUGCUCUUGGAUGAAGCUGUGGCAGGGCAUGAUGGGAAUGUCAUUACAGCUGUCUUGAUAUUCCUGAAACGGACGCUGAGGAGAGAGAUCUUGUUUCGGGAGCUGGAGGUGCGGCAGGUGGCCUUGUGCCAUCUGAUUUAUUUCCUCAGAGAGACGGGUGAGCAGAAGUUCCUUCUGGAUCUGCUCAGGUUCUUAGACAGGACUGAGGAAGUUGCUCUGUCUCAGUACCGGGAGCAUUUGAACAUCCAGGAUGUAGAAAAAAGGAGGGAAUUUCUGAAAGGUUGCAUUGGGCUGCCAUUUUCAGCUGAGGAUACCUCCCACAUCCAAGACCAUUAUACUCUGCUGGAGCGACAGAUCAUCAUUGAGGCUAAUGAUCGACACUUGGAGAUGGCUGGGCAGUCAGAGCUAUUUCGGAAAUAUCCUCGCAAGGCUUCAAUUCUCAACAUGCCACUAGUGACCACCCUCUUCUAUUCCUGUUUCUACCACUACACAGAGGCUGAGGGAAUGUUCAGCAGCCCCACCAACCUGAAGAAGACAUUUAAGAUUCCUGAUAAGCAGUAUGUGCUGACUGCCCUGGCAGCCCGUGCCAAGCUGCGGGCGUGGGGUGAUGUGGAUGCUCUCCUCACCACCAAGAACUGGCUGGGUUACACCAAGAAGAAGGCACCUAUUGGCUUCCACCGGGUGGUGGAGAUCUUGCAGAGGAACAAUGCUCCUGUCCAGGUGCUGCAGGAGUACGUGCGCCUGGUGGAAGAUGUGGAGACCCGGCUCAACCUCGCUACCAAAUACAAGUGCCAUGAUGUUGUCAUAGAGACCUACCGGGAUCUAAAGGAUCGUAUCCAGCUGACAGCAUAUAAAUGCAAGGUGGAGCGGGGCUCUGCAGAAGAAGAGAAGAUACACAGCAUUCUCAGCAACACGCAAAUCCGGUGGAAGAACUGAACACGUGAAACAGCCUGUUUGACCGUUGCCUUGUCACUGAAAGAGGGAAUUGCAAAACCCAGUCCAGUGCCAACAGAGCAGCUCUGUUACUACUCAUUGCAUGAUCAACCUUCGUCCGUGGCAGUGGGUGCCCGUGGCUUGUGGGACCAUGGCAUUCAGGCUGGUUGAAGACAGCUGCUAAAAUGUAGCUGGCAAAACCAUGGUACUGAUCCAUCAGGGUUGAUUCUUUUUGGAAUCUGAUUGUAUUUGACCUGGCUGUAAGCCAGGCAUCACUUGUGUGUAUGGAGGGAAGUUGCUGGGCACAGCAAGAUGAAUGUUUGCUCUGGGUGGUGCCUGGGCUUGUUCUUGCAAGAGGAAUGUGCCAGUCACAUUUAUGAGUCUCCACCAGAGGGUCCUGACCAGUCCCUGUAACAGUCAAGCUGGCUCGGGCAUCAGUAAUCAUGGCUGUGUAAAAGUGCUGGGAGGGAAAGAAACAGUUGCAGGGUUUUUUGUUUUGUUUUAUUUUUUUAAAUUCUGGCUCACCUUCAGAAAAGAGGUGUGUGAACUCCUGCAGAGAGCCAGGACCUCUGCCAGUAUCCUUCUGCUAGCACUCUGCAGCAUUCGGAAGAUACCUUUAUCAGGGAAAUACCUAGUGUAGAGGUGGUCAGAGUCCUGAUGGGUUGGAUGGAGAGCAGACAGGGACCUCUCAGUUGACACAAACCUGCUGGCCCCAGCAGCUCUUUUCUCAGAAAGUGUUAUGCCAGGAAAGAUUGAAAUGCACUUUCUCAGAAACACAACUCCUCAGGCAGCUGCUGACUUCAUCCUUUCAGACCUCACUUCAAUUCUGUAAAUAAAGCUGUCUCUUUCUCCUUG